GACGUGGACAAGUUCGAGAUAUCGCCUUUAUUGUUGAUUCUUCUUACGGAGCACCUUGGGACCAGAUACUAUCGUUUGUGAAAUCCAUCGUCGGAGCUUUUGACAUCUCACCACAGGGAACCCACAUUGCGAUGAUAACCUACGGUGACCGAAGUCAAACUGCCUUUACAUUCCCGAUUGAACUUAAACCGGGUGCCCGAUAUGAUAAGGAAAUGGUGAAUAGAUUGGUUGACGUGGCGAGUCGCAGCACAGGACAAGGAAGAAACAUCAACCAGGCCUUGGGUGAUGCUGUCCAACUGUUCACUAACCGUUUGUAUGGUGCACGAACAAACUCAAGAAAGGAAGUCAUUAUUAUAACACAUGGUGCCUGGCCAAGUUCCAGGACAGCUCAAGCCCCUGUCUGGUACGCAGCAGCUGCUAAUCUUAGGAAAAUUGCAUCGAUCUAUGGCAUUGGUGUCAGACCACAGGCAAGAGAAUUCCAACUAAACAAAGCAACGCAAAAUAUAGAAAACAACUUCAUGGUUGAUACAUCGGCAGGCCUYGGAAAUAUAUGGAGGAGAGUCGUAUGGCGGAUGGUGUACUGGAGAAAACAAAUCAGACCAUUAGACAUUGCUUUUGCUGUCGAUUCGUCAUCCGACAUUACCGAACCCAACUGGCGAUUAAUGCUGUCCUUCGUGAAGGGCAUUAUCCAAGGAAUCAAUACCAUUUCUCCAGAGCGUACGGGCACUCGCAUUGCUUAUAUAACAUACUCAAGCAAUGCUGCUACAUACAAAGCAUUCAAUGCCUUCCAAGGAGAACAACUCAACCAGCAAAAUGUCAUGGGUGCUAUUGACCGAAUGCCAAGACAGCCAGGAACGAUUAGACAAAUAGAAAGAGUUUUGGACCUAGCGAAUAACGAGGUCUUCACCACAGCAGCGGGUGCCCGACCAUCAUCUCUGAGGUACUUGGUUCUACUACUGGCUGGUGCCCAAACUACCAACGUCCCAGCCUCAUACCUACGCGAUGCUGCCAAACGAUUAUACGAUAAAAAGAUCUAUGURUACGGUAUUGGUGCUGGACCUUCCUUCAACCAGUUGGAUGUCUUAAGAACAGCAGCAAGGGGAGAUUUUGUCUACUUCAACUAUAAAUACGAUCAACUGCCUAAGCUGUCUGCGCCCAUAGCAGCAGCUUUGCCAAAAGGACAUGGCCGUUAUUUGGAUCUAGGAUUGUUGGUCGACUCUUCAGACGCUGUCAACUGGAAUGCAAUGCUUUCGUUUGUCAAAUCAAUCGUUAGAUCCUUCGAAAUCUCAGUUCACGGGACACAUGUAGGAUUUAUUAGCUUUGCCAGCACUGCGAAUCUUGCAUUUGACUUUGCUACGAACCCUGCACCAACAGCAGACUUGAUCGUUAGCCAGAUCAAUGGAGUAGCACCGCAACGAGGAAACCAAAGAAGAAUCGACAUAGCGCUGAAUAUGGCUGCUGCAGACCUGUUUAUACAAAGAAGAGGACAGAGACCAACAGCUAGACAGGUAAUCCUCGUAAUCACAGCUGGAAGAUGGUCCUCAGCCUCGCAAGCAGCCUGGCAGGCAGCAGCAAACGCGUUACGGCAGCGUAAAAUUGAGAUUUAUCCAAUUGGUGUGGGAGCAUCCGUGGAAAGGCCACAACUUGCAAUCGUUGCAUCUAAGCUUGGAUUUGUCUUCACCCCUGCUUCCUAUGCUGCCCUUCGAAGUGAACGUGAGCCUGUUAUCAGAACUAUUGUCUAUGGAGCGCGCAAAGAAGAAACAAAACCAUUGGACGUAGGAUUUGUCGUUGAUUCGUCGAGUGACAUCUCAGGAGCCAACUGGAACCACAUCCUUAACUUUUUGUUGGCAAUGGUCGAUGGUAUUGAUAAUGUAUCGCCUGCUCCAAGCGGAACUCGGUUUGGUUUGAUCAGCUUUUCCACUUCGCCACAAGUAUUCUUUAAAUUCAACACCUUGGCAGGAUCUAGGCUCAACAUUGGAGAAGUCAAGAAACGUGUUCGCAAUACUCCACGACAAGCUGGAGCAGUAAGAAGGUUCGAUCGUGCAUUACAAAGUGCUGACCAAGAGUUAUUCAGUACUGCUGGAGGACACAGGACUAACGCCCAAAAGAUCUUAAUUGUAAUCAUGGCUGGACAGCAGCUAUUCGGUCAGAAGAAAGCCCUUAAAACCACAGUCCUUAACAUGCAGAAGAGAGGCUUCAGAAUUUAUACUGUGGGUGCGGGAGCUCGCUAUGACCAACAAGAGACCAUCGAUGUGGCGUCCUUUGCAGACUUCGUGUAUUAUAAUAAAUAUCCGCAACUUACAGCCAAAAUUGCUCCAAAACUCAGCAAAGAUGUUGUCAAAGGUAGAGGAGCGUUCAUGGACAUUGGCUUCGUCGUCGAUGGAUCAAAGAAUGUCAACUGGAAAGCAAUGCAAAGCUUUACUCAAUCUAUUGCCAAACGAUUUGACAUCUCUCAAGUUGGCACGCAUAUCGGUUACAUCACAUAUAGUGAUGCUGCCAGUAUUGCCUUCCCAUUGAAUGCACUACAGGGUAAAGAAAAUACAUUUGAAGGUGUCAGUAAAUUGAUCGCCAACACGAAACACUUAGGAGGAACAGGACGAAGACUUGGUCAAGCUCUCGGUAUUGCCUUCCGCGAUUUGUUUAGCAAGAAAUUUGGCGUACGCGCCGGAAGUAGACGGAUUUUGGUUAUCUUCACGACUGGUGCUUGGGCGACAGAAUGGAAGACUGCUAUCCAACAGUUCAAGUCGGCUGGUAUCGAUGUGUUUGUGUUUGGUAUUGGUAACUCUGUCAAGAUUCCACAACUAGAAGGUGUGGCUACCAAACCAAGCUACGUCUUUACCACUGCCAACUACGAAAAGUUGCCCGACCUCGAAGCUAACCUCAUCAGGACCAUCAUAUACGGAGCCAAGAUAACACCUCUUGAUAUCGCUCUUGCUGUCGAUUCAUCUCCCGACAUUUCAGCUCAAAACUGGGGCUUCAUAACUACCUACGUGAGAGACUUGAUCAAUGCUGUGGGCAACAUUUCAUCUGACGCAGGAGGAACAAGAUUUGGAAUGAUAAGCUACUCUGCUCAACCUAACGUGGUCUUCAGAUUCAAUACCCUUCAGGGCAACAAUCUUAACGCACAGAAAGUAACGGCACUGGCAGCUAAAGCACCUAGACAACCAGGAACGCCUAGAAGAAUUGACAUUGCUUUACAGAGCGUUGGAACUGAGUUGUUCAGUGCAAAGGGUGGAACACGACCGAAAGCACGAAAGAUUCUGAUAAUUAUUUUCGCUGGACCUCAAGACCAAGCACAAGCGGCAGCACUACAGCCUGCCUACACAGCAUUACGAAAGAAUGGAGUCAUCAUCUAUACUGUAGGUGUAGGACGUAUGUUCCUACAGCCUGAGGUUCUGUGGACGGCUUCCCAUGCUGACUACGUAUAUUAUAGAUACAAAUGGAACAGACUUGCUGACCGAGCAGCACCAAUGGCUAAACAUCUCAAUCGAGGUCAUGGUGCAUAUCUGGACUUGGGCUUCAUCGUUGACUCGUCGAGCACAGUGAACUGGCAGCAAAUGCUAGCUUUUGUCAAAUAUAUUGUUGGCUCCUUUGACAUCUCUCAACGCGGCACCCAUGUAGGAUUUAUCGCUUUUGGUGACACAGCAUCAGUUGCCUUUAAGUUUGAUGCGCUCAGCGGUGCUUCGUACACUGUGAAUGGUGUUAAUAAUCUAGUUGAUGGAGUUAAUCAGCUAGGAGGCAGUGGAAGAAGAAUCGAUUUGGCUCUUCAGGCCGCACUCCAAAACAUGUUUACUGUUGCAGGUGGCAGUAGAGUCGAUGCUAGAAAGGUACUUGUCAUCCUUACAACUGGUCAAUGGCAAAACCAAUACGAAGCAAGCUGGAAACAAACCGUAUCACAAAUGCGCACACAGAAAUUCGAAUUAUACUCAUUGGGCGUUGGUCAAGGCAUUAGCUCUUCUCAACUGGAGGAUGUUGCCUCUGAACCUGGAUAUGUAUUCACCCCAGAUUCCUACACCACACUAAAUGGAAUGUACAAACGACUUGUACAGGUCAUCGUAUUCGGAGCACCUGUGAGACCACUUGAUAUUGGUAUCGCCGUCGACUCUUCCCAAGACAUCACCGCCCAAAACUGGAAUUACAUAUUGACCUACAUACGCGAGUUCAUUGGAAGCUUCUCUAACAUCUCUCCUGCAUUUGAAGAUACUCGGUUUGCUUUAAUCAGCUAUGCCAAUCAACCCAAAGUGUACUUUACCUUCAAGAGUGUCCCUGAUAACCAGAUUAGUGCCGCUGGAUACCAACAGCUUGUUAGCAGAAUGCCCAGACAGACCGGAAAUGCUCGUAGAAUUGAUAGUGCGAUACAAUUGGCCCGAACAGACUUGUUCUCUUUGGCUGGUGGCGCCAGACUAAAUUCAAGAAGGGUAUUUGUAAUACUCUUUGCUGGACCCCAAGCUGCCGGCAGGUAUCCCAAACCAAGUGAUGCUUCAGCACAAUUACAAAAGAACGGCGUAAGAGUGUAUACCGUGGGUGUGGGACGCAGAUUCUUACAACCACAAGUAUUAUGGACUGCCUCCCAUGCAGACUACGUUUACUAUCGAUACAACUAUGCUCAGUUACCUCAGAUCUCUGAGCCUCAAGGAAAAGCAGUCGCACAAGGGCGGGGUGCAUACCUUGACAUUGCCUUCGUCAUUGAUUCAUCAAACUCUGUCAACUGGCAACAAAUGCAGAAGUACUCUCAGUCCAUCGUGAAUUCAUUCGAUGUCUCACAGACCGGCACUCAUUUUGCUUACAUCACCUACAGCAGUAAGGCUAAUAUCGACUUUGGCUUCAAUGCACUGAGCGGCUCUGGAUACACACCUAAAGGCGUCAAUAGGCUUAUCGAUGGAAUAACCCACAAACAAGGAACAUUCAGAUAUGUCAAUAGUGGGCUUGAAAUGGCAGAGAGACAAUUGUUCACGGCACAAUAUGGAGCUCGGCAAACGGCAAGACAGGUUAUCAUUGUCAUCACUACCGGACAGUGGCCUAACAGAUUCGCCCAAUCCUGGCGUACCAGUGCUGCUAACCUUAAGAGAAGAAACUUUGACAUGUAUGUGAUAGGUAUAGGCUCCACAUUUGCUGUACCCCAGCUACAAGAGGUUGCUUCUCAGUCUGGCUACAUGUUCACCUACUCCAACUAUCAAACAUUUGCCACCGGCUAUCGUGAGGUGGUUCAAGUCAUCAUCUUUGGUAGAGAAGCUUGCUACAACAAUAAUUGUGCUAACACAAGACCUUAUUCAACCUGUAAAGAAGUCAACGGCAAAGCAACGUGCGUUUGCGCUGAAUCAUGUCCUAGUACACCAAAACAAGUUUGUGGCUCUGAUGGAAAGACGUACACUAACGAUUGUGAAAUGAAGCGUGCAGCAUGCCAGAAUAACAAGAACAUCACCGUAAAAUCCCCUGGACCCUGUGAUCCAUGUGCUGGCUUCAAAUGCAGUAAGCCUUAUUCGACAUGCGAAAACCAGAAUGGCAAAGCUGUGUGCGCGUGUUCCAAAGUUCCUUGUCCAAGGUCCGGGCAACCGUUUUGUGCUAGCGAUGGUAAGACGUAUAACAGCCAAUGCGACAUGAGGAAAGCGGCUUGUGAAAGUAACACCAACAUUCGUUCCGUCAAGAGAGGACAAUGCGAUUGUAAGGUCAUAGCCGAUGUGGCAUUCCUUGUUGAUUCAUCGGGAAGCGUUGGAAGAAGAAACUGGGUGCGCCUCCUUGCAUUCGUCUCAACCAUAAUCAGYAAACUUAACGUUGGACCAACCGCUACUCACAUUGCCUUGGUGAGAUACAGUACCCAGGCUGAAGUGGACUUCACUUUCCGAUCAAUAUCAGGAUCCCGUGUUACUCCUGCUACCUACAACCAAAUCGUCAAAAAUUUGAGAUGGCAGAGAGGGUUUACAUUCAUCGAUAGAGCAUUGAUUACGGCGGACCAACAAGUGUUUACUGCAGCAGCUGGAAUGAGGCGUAAUGUUCCUAAGAUGGCCUUUGUGAUAACCGAUGGAACGCAAACACGCGACCGGGAUGCCAUCACUCCUCUCGCCACUGCCUCUGCGAGACUUAAAGCUAAAGGUAUCAGAGUCUACGCAAUGGGAAUUGGAACAAGAGUUUCAAACAAAGAGCUAAAUGACGUAGCAACAAGCCCCAAGUACGUCUACAGGGCAUCCGAUUUCAAACAACUUGUACGAGGAGUAGAUACCGUCGUAAGGAGUAUAUGUGAAGGAAAACGUUAACUUGCCAAAGCAGCGAACUGCUCGCCGCUUGCUAUUUUAGCCCAGAAAGUAUUAUAAUAUGGCCCAAAAUAUAACUGAACAAUAUUUCAUAAUAGAAGACUAAUAUUCACUUAGUAUUUGCUUUAAAUUGAAUCCCUAUAUUGUGAUUAGAAACAGUGACGCAGUAAAAGGUACCAUCAUCAUGUAUGAAGUCAUAAACAUUUUUUAACGGACUUCCUCAAGCCGAAGGCAGCACUUUGCAUCCGGUUGACGUCACAACUUUUCUGUGACGUAUGAAUAUACGUAUUAUAUAUAUUCGAAUAACGAGGAUUCUGUUUAGAGCAAUUCGCUGCUAUUCGUGCCGAAGAACGUAACGAUGGCUUGGUCAGGAAACAAAAAAUGAAGACAAGAAUAAUAUGUGACUUACUAUCCUUUUUGCUUACACUAUCAGGCAUCUUAAAUCAAGUAACCAACCAUCACUCAAACCAAUGUAUGUUCGUGAAAGAGACUAUGAAUGAUGGCGUUCUUAAAUGCACUUAUAAACAAACUAACGCUGCAAUUAAAAAUAAAAUUUCUCAAGUUCAA